CACGUUAUACUCGACUUAUGCACUCCGAGGGGCUCCAUCGAAUGCUAGACUAUUCUCCAGAGCCUUAGAAGAUUGGAGUACAGAGAAGCAAGGAAGAGCGGAUGGGGUGAUCUCUGGGUGCUUGGAACGAAAGCUCGCACAAGUCGAAACAUA